CGGGGUUACUAUGUAACAAUUUAGGUGCUACAGUGUAACCAAUAAAGUGACCGUGACAACUGAGCGCAUCUGCUCGCCGUUGCGCUUCUUCUUUCCUUUCGCCGCCGUCGUAAAAGGGACCACCUCGGACAUCAAAUGACAUUUGUAACGGAGGCGCCGCCAAAAAGGGACGGGACUGACUCAUAACACAUUCAUAUGAGGCUGAUGUAUGUUCCCAGUGAGGAGACUACAGUCCUCAGGAGCCACAUAACACCUCCCCUCCAUCUCCACCACCAUCCCCUCUUCCUUUGUCUAGGGGCAUGCCUUCUGAACCCAGCCUCAGUAGGGAGAUGCUGACAGGACAGAGGCUCUGCCAGUCAAAGUCCCACCAGGACUCAGUCCUCUCUGCCCUCAACCAGCAGAGGAAGGAUGGCCUGCUGUGUGACGUCACCCUGGUCGCCGGUGAGCAGAAGUUCCACGCCCACAAAGCUGUCCUGGCAGCGUGCAGCGAUUAUUUCCGGGCCAUGUUCAGCUUGUGCAUGGUGGAGAGUGAGGCAGACGAAGUGACUCUGCAAGGAGUGACCAGCGUUGGCCUGAAGCACGCUUUGGACUUCGCCUACACUGGACAGAUUCUGCUGGAGCCAGCGGUGAUCCAGGAUGUCCUGUCUGCAGGCAGCCACCUUCAGCUGCUGGAGCUCCUCAGCCUCUGCUCCCACUACCUCAUCCAGGAACUGAGCAGUGUGAACUACCUGGAGCUGUACCGUGUGGCUGACUUGUUCCACCUCCCCGCCUUAGAGGAGGCUGUGGUGGGCUUCCUGGUGGAGCACCUGUCUGAGUUGAGCCAGAGCCGGCAGGACGAGGCCUUGCAGCUGCCUUACAGCCUCCUUAGGGAGGUGCUGAAGAGCGACCGCCUCACCUCCUUGAGUGAGGAGGAGAUAUGGAAGUUUGUUGUUCUGUGGUUGGAACAUGACUGUCGUUACCAGUACACAGAGGAUCUUCUACAACACGUCCGCUAUGGCCUGAUGGACGUCCCCACCCUGCACCACCUCGCCCGAAGCCACCCUCUGGUCCAGUCCAGCCCCACCGCUGCCGCCCUGGUGGAGGAGGCCCUGGACUAUCACCAUGCCACCUUCUCCCAACCCCUCCACCAGUCUGCCCGCACCAGGCCUCGCUUCCAGUCCCUCACCCUCUACAUAGCCGGUGGGCGGAAGCGGGAGGUGAGCAGAGUCAGGGAGCUGCGCUACUUUAACCCGGCUGCACAGGAGCAUGUACGUGUGGCAGGCGGGUCGAACUGGAGCGAGCUGGCGCCCAUGCCCACCGGGCGCAGCCAUCACUGUGUGGCUGUAAUGGGGAACUUCCUGUUUGUUGUGGGCGGGGAGGUGGAGCACGCCACCGGGAGGACGUGUGCGGUAAGAACUGCCUGUCGAUAUGACCCCAGGGGUAACCGCUGGGCUGAGAUUGCCCCCAUGAAGGCGUGCAGAGAACACUUUGUCCUGGGAGCUCUGGGUCAGUUCCUGUACGCAGUGGGGGGCAGGAAUGAGCUGAGACAGGUGCUGCCCUCAGUGGAGCGUUACUGUCCCAAGAGGAAUAAAUGGAUGUUUGUCCAACCCUUCGACCGUUCACUGUCCUGCCACGCCGGCUGUGUGGCGGAAAACCUGCUCUGGGUCUCAGGUGGUGUGACAAACACAGCUCAGUACCAGAAUCGGCUGAUGGUGUAUGACCCAGAACAGGACCAGUGGUUGGCCCGCAGUCCCAUGUUGCAGAGGCGCGUUUACCACGUCAUGGCGGCGGUGAGGAGGCAGCUCUAUGUGCUCGGGGGGAACGACCUGGACUACAACAACGACCGCAUCCUGGUGCGCCACAUCGACUCCUACAACAUGGAUCUGGACCAGUGGACGCGCUGCUCCUUCAGCCUCCUCACGGGUCAAAAUGAGUCCGGAGUGGCGGUGCACGAUGACAGGAUCUAUGUGGUUGGAGGAUACUCCAUUUGGACCAACGAGCCUCUGGCAUGCAUUCAGGUGCUGGAUCUGAGCACUGAGGGGAAGGAGGAGGUUUUCUACGGUCCAACAUUGCCAUUCGCCUCCAAUGGGAUAGCAACUUGUUUCCUCCCUGCUCCCUACUUCACCUGCCCAAACCUACAGACACUCCAAGUACCUCAUCACAGGAUAGGUGCUGUUUAAAUCACAGAUGCAGAAAACAUCACAACACUUGAAAACAUAUAACCAGAGAGGAUGGAGGACCAUCAUCUUUGGAACGUCAGUAUUUGCAAACAUGACCGACAAAAAUGAAGCUAAUCAUAGUAAUCAUUCUGGAGCCUGCCGUCUCCGUCACACGAGUGUACAGGGGAUUUCUUUGAGACCCAAACGUAAUAACAAUACUUUCCUGAUCUACAAGAGCCGUGCUAUUCUGCAAGCUGCUGGGAAACCUGUUGUAUUUCCCCGAAGACUGAGGUACCUGUCCUGCUGUCCAGGAAGUGAAGACACGAUGAGCAAGUUAAGAAAAAUGGCUCCAGAGGGAUCAGAAUUCCCAAAGCAGACAGAAAGAAAAUGCCAAUCCUUAUACCAAUUAAGUGACUUGUUGUCAGCAGACAUACACUACUCUCACCUCAGUGGAAGCCAGACUGAAUUUUCCUCAAGGGUUUAAAGAAUCUUUCCUUUUGGUAACCCAUUAUAGGGCUGUUGGAGCUUUUCUCGCUAAAACCAUCAUAUAACAUUUCCAUCAAACCUGAAAAACAUCCAGGACAAAGCCUGCUUUCUCACUGCCUCACACUAGAAGAUGAAAUUACAGAUAGGGGUAACAGGUGUCAAAAGAAGCUAAUCUUUGCAUAAAAGACCAUGUAAUUCUUUUAUCUUAAAUAAGGUAAACUACUUGACUUUCCUGCAACAGCAGUGACAUACUACUGUAUGUGUGUGUUAUUGAACUGUGUAAGUGAGCGUGAGAUUUUUAUAAUGCUCAGGACCUAAGACUGUUUAUGUUCCAAUGAAUGUCUGCUCAUUGUUAUCAUUGAGAAUAUCUGCUGAAUAUUCUCCAAAGUGUGUAAACGCUAAUAACACUGUAUCAUGCUGAUAUUCAAAAACAAUGUUUUACUUUGACAAAAAAAAGAGAAAACGUGAUCCCUGCACUUCCCUCAUCCGUCCAAAACAAUGUGUCGAGACAAUACAUGAAGUUUUCCAAAUAAAAGAUGCUACAUAAGUAAA